UACAAAUAUUUUCAGCUAGAAUGUCACAUUUUUGAAAUCAAUAUUACAAAUUAUCAAACCACCUUACUCUCCCCACAAGACCUCAGUGUUAGAAAAAAAAAAAAACAGAAAAAGCUCUUAGUCAACCUUACCAAAAUGGACAGCAAAAUACGGUUUCAGAAGCUGCAGGUGUGGUUAUUCUUAUGGAUGCAGGAGUUCUGAACCUGACCCUCAGCAUGUCAUCUGAAAAGCAAUAGUAGAGGAGAUGAAAUAGCAGAUGAAUUAUUUUCACCUUUGAUAUCUAUUGGUAAAGUUGUCUAAAGUUGUCUAAGUCCUCUCAAACAAUCUACAUUACAUCAUUCCUAGAACUAUAAUCCUUCAGUUUGCAUAUAGUAGUGGGUAUACACAAAAUUAAACAUAUUACAGGAGUCUUUACAUGUCCUACACUUCGGGCUUUUUUCUGUUGUUCUGAGAACAGUGAGUUAUACCAUCCCCUUACAGCAAUGGUUGUAAAUUCUUCUGCCAUAGGCAGAUGGAUUCAGCCUUUGUUAGGAGGACCUAACAAUUGUGAACUAGUGUGAAAUAAAUUGUAAUGUGUUAAAAUUAAAAGGAAAGGAAAAUGAGGAAGAAAAUGAGGAGAACUCAGAUAAACAUCACAUAAUAAAAUUAAUGGCAAACAGGCAGGCAGCAGGACCCAGCUGAAGCCUGGGCUCUGGAUCCCUGACUCAUCACAUGCCGCUGGAAACCACCAGAGAAACACAGUGGAAACAGGAUGAGAUCACUGCCCUGUACACAUUCAGCUGUUUGAAAGAGCACUUGGGCACAACCAGGUAGGCAGUCUGAAUGUUUAACUCAAAAAGUCUCUGGGAAAAAAUAUACCUGGAGUUGGAGAAAUAGACAGAAAUAUGGAAAUGUGUGUGGCCUGUCUAACUCUACAAAGUGAAUGUGAAUAAAGCGUCAAUGUGAAGAAUAAGAGAUAAGUUAUGUUUAAUGGACAUAAAAUCAAAAGAAAUCAUUGGAAUCUGAAAGAAUCAUGCUUAAAAAUAGAUGCUAUCAGUAUUCUCCAUAGCUUUCUAGUAGGUAAAAUGUUCAUUGAAACGUUCUUUCUCUUAGAACAUUUUGUCUUUGCAGCUUGUACAAAUGGGGAUUAACAAAUGAUCUUUCAACCUAGCAUCAGCAAAGUUGAAGGUAUUAAUAUCACACUGAGCCAGAGUACAAGCCAGCAGCAUCCCAGAAGCAUAAGGAAUCGUACCUUGAGCUGGCAGGACUUUUGUUUCCCUAAGUCAAAACCUUUUACUGUAUGUAACCUUUGCUUCCUCUAGCCUUAAGAAAGAUAAGUUAAAGAGUUUAUUCUCUUAGCAGAGCUACAAGUAGUUUGUUCCUGAAGAAUGGCACUGAGUGACCUCCUUUACCCAGAAAAUCCCAGGAGACGACAAGAACUGAUCCAUCUGCACCGGGAAUUGCUUGACUGCAUGUCCAUGAAUUUCCAUGCAACAAAUGAGUUGGCUGGAGUUCUGAAUGCACACCUGGGGUGUACUAUCACCCACAUCAAGAUGAGAGAGAGCAGCACUGUCAAAGAAAACUGUGAUAUUAUCAUUCAAGCGAUGCGUGAGAUUCAGUGUCAAGUACAGAAGAUUGAUAGUGACAUGAGGGAGAAGCUGGAGCCUGUGCUGUACCAGAAGCUGUACGAUAUCAAAGAGCCUGAGUUGGAGAAAAUUGCAAUAGCCCAUAAAGUUUUUUCCAUUGUUCUUGGAGAAGUGACUUCAACUGCUGGGAUGGUAGCUGUCAAACUGCUUAGCUCCAACCUUAUCACUAUCACGGUCUGCAAACUCAUCAGCCUCCUUGCGCAGAUCGGGGCGUCUGUUCUUGGAGGAAUCAGCAUUACCAUCCUUGGGCUCGGCAUGGAAAUGAUUCUCCAUGCCAUUCUGGGAGCUGUAGAGAGGAAUCAGCUGCUGGCAGCUGUGAGGAGCUAUGAGGAGCACCUGGCUGAGUUUAAAGAAGCAUCAGAAAAAUACCAGUGUGCCAUACGUGAAGUGACUUCUUUGGUCAGACAUCAAGUUCAGUGAAUGGAAAGGCAACACUUUAAAUACAUGUCACUUUUUCUUCACCUGUUUUCCAGAAUGGAUUGUAGAUGAAAUGCUAUUGGUACUACUGACAGUAAUAAGCACUGCUGGAGCAGAAGUGGUGAGAAAGUACAGUUUUUCUCUUCCAGAGUUUCUCCAUCAAAAUGACAUCAUAACAGAAGAAAAUGAUUUCAGCAAAACAACCAUAUAAUCACCUGAAGAAUUUACCAGGAUGGCUGUUACCAUGAUAUCUUGGUGUGGAUUUGUGCUAAAUCUGACAGGCUGAAUUCCCCGUUCAUAGAAGCACUUACAAGGACUAGCUAAAGCACACGUAACUCCUAUUUCCUGUGCCUUCUUGCCUGAGAAGCCAGCCAGAGAUCUUUAUAUAAACUCUAAUGCCAGCAGAUUAACAGAUAGAAAAAUCAUGGGCCUACAGGCCCAAAAGUUGAGAGAACCCAGCUGUAGUGCUCCUGAUGUAUCUAGCUGUGAAAAACAUCAUGUUAUCAGUACUGUCCUGCUCCUGCCCACUCACAGGUAGAUGCUUCUGUGCACACUUGCUACUUUGUUGAUCAAAUGGCAUUAUAUGCUUACACAAGGAUUUGUAAGAUUACAGCCCUAUUAAUGCGCUAAAUUUACAAGAGCUUCACGAGUCACCAGUGUGGGACUGCCAAAAAUACUCUAAUUCUACAUUUCACAACUUGCCACCAAAUGGCCUUAUUUUGCAGCCUUUCAGAACAAAGCUAGAAGCAAGAGCAUGAUUUGCUGUCAAUCUCUGAUUUGCUGUGGUUUGCUUUUUUUCUUUGAAAAAAAAAAGAAUAUAUAUAUAUAGAAUUAGGAAUUAAUAAAAAGAUAUCUAAAUAUUCUCAGUGC